GUAUGAUAUCUUCGAGCUGGACUUCAUCAGCGCUUACCGACCACCUGCCAAUGCGGAGGCCCUGAGCGACGAGCUGUGGGAGGAUUUGAUGGUCACCAUGUACUACUCAGAGGCACGGCCGCAGGACAAGAUCAAGGUCCUUCGCAGCAUCUCCCAUCUCAUCUUCAUCACCUGCAUGCACAUGCGCCAGAUGGUGGGAUAUUUCAAGGAUCCGGUGGCAGAAGACCCGGACAAGGAUCCAUCCGAACGCGAAGAUCCUUUCCUUGCGAGGGAGGAGGCCUUUGUCACAUUCUACUUGCGUAUCAUAGACAUGCACAACUCGAAGCAGUUCCUUGUCCGAUUCGAGAAACAGGUUCCAGAGACGGGCGUAAACAGCCAAGAAGAUGCUGCGAUGGGUGCCGUGUAUUCUCUGGAAUGGGAGAGCCGUGGCCUUCGUGACUUUGUGUUUGAGGAAGAGCUUUCCCGCCUCCGGAGCAGAUUGGGAUACUGCGCAGCCUUCCCGUUCAUCCAGCCCGAGAGCCUUUCUUUGGAUGGGAAGAUGCCAAUAAGCUUGAGGAACACCAAGUUCGUGCUCAAUUUGGGCGGCACCGAGAACCUAGUUGCAUCUAAAGCCGGCCGCUGUGCCACCAGGAAGUAUCACGACCAACGACUCUGCGUGUCCAUGCUCGUAGACCUUGCGCUACGUGAGAAAUACGGCAACAUCCGCGACUAUUCUCUGACGAACGAGGACUCAGGUUAUCCUAAGUCCACAUUGAAGGACGGCACCACGGACCCGAUGACCAUGGGCGUUCCGAGAAGUUGGGCAGACCUGGCGAAGCUGCCCUCCGCAGGCAUCUUCCGCUGCCGAUACGUCUGCUCGCCCGAAGAUCGGCAAGUGGAGUUCCGCAAGAAGCUGGCCCAAACUUACGGCUACAUGGCCGGGAACUUCUCGCCGUCCGAUGUCGCCUGGUGGACGGGCCUGAAGGAGGCCGGUGAUGACGUUUUGGAUCUGCUCGAGUUCUUCAUCAGCAGGUACAACCAUGUCGACGAGGCCUUCCGGGACAUCGAUGGAGGUGUGAAGGAAGGCGAAAAUGCAAACACCACAAGCAAUGGAGAGCUCACAUUGCGAGAGUUCGAGGCGGGCUUGAAGGAUAUCGGCUGCUUCAAGUUCAAGGGGCCGAACGAGAAGGAACGGAUCGGCGCAGUCUUCCGGUAUUUGGAUCCAGGCGGCGAAGGCAAUGUUUCUCUGCAGGAGUGGCAGAUCUUGGACCAACUCUGGAAAGAGUUCGUGCUGAGCAUCCAGGAGUUUGUGCAGUUCCUGAUCUUUGUCUUUGGUGAAGACCUGGAAGAAGCUUGGAUCACUCUGGACGACGACGAGAGCGGCGAGCUCUCCGAGGACGAGUGGAACAAGGCGGUGGCCGACAUAGGAUACUUCGGCCCGUCUCGCGUGGUGUUCGCCUUGUUGGAUGGCUCAGAUGACGGGAACAUCUCCUACGACGAGUUCAAAGUGUUGGAGAAGUACCUCCGCAUUGGCUUAAAAAGCAUUACCCGAGCCAUUUCAACAGCAAAGAGGUCCAGUGCCAUGGAGACCUUGGAUGGGGAGAUGGCGGCACAGCGUGGCCAGGACGGGCGGGAUGCAGCGCUACUGACUAGUGAGCAGAAGCUCGAGGAGGCCCGGGCCCGGAUCAACGGCGCCACGCGCGCAGCCCUGGAAACCGAGGAGACUGGCUUCCAGGUUCUCGGUGAACUGGCCAGACAGCGUGAGGGCAUCGAGAGGAUCAACGCUCACGUGCAGGCCACUGACGACAAUAUCUCUGGGGCACGGAGAGUGCUGGUUCAGAUGUACCGGAGGGCCAUGGCCAAGAAAAUCGCGUUAUGGUGCAUGGUGCUAAUCCUCCUUGUGACCGUCAUUGUCAUCAUCUACUUCAUGAUCUUCAAGCAUCCGAAGAAAUGA